GUUGCUGCCGCCGCUGCUGCUGCUGCUGCCGCCGCCGCCGCUGUUGCCGCUGGUGCCGCUGCCGCCGCCGCUGCUCAUGAUCAUUAUUUUACCUUUUAAUUCUUUUUUUUUCCGCUCUUGCCAAAUGCUUUGGCUCCAAGUUUUCUAUGUGUAUCUAUUGAUAUAAAUGUAUAUAUUUAUUUAUUCUAGCUGUCAGGUGUUAAAAUAAAUGCCGAAGAUUAGUCCCACGUCUCUCCCACUCUAGGAUAUAGAUUUUUAAAAUGUAUUUAUUAUUAUUAUUGUUGUCUUUGAGUGAAUCGGCCGGUUUGGGGAGGCUUUUGCCACCCUCCCUUGUGCUGUUUUGGUUUUUGGAAAGGAGGUGGAGGAGAGGAAGGAGGGGAAUUAGGGGGCGGCCGGAGCAGAGAGGACGAGACAGUGCUUGGGGGGCGAUUCGGGCAGGUCUGGGGGCUGUCUGGCCCCGGACCGCGGAGAGGACGCGCGCUCGCGCUCUCGCUCUUUCUGCUGCUGCUUGCGUACGGCUUGUGCUCUCUCUGGAUUCGUGCGGCUGUGUUUUUUCCCUCUUUUCUCGCUUGCAAACUGCUUUCCUUGCUCCCUCGCUCCUGGCCUCGCCUUCCCUCCCUCCUCUUUUUCCUCGCGGCUUCUUCCUUCCCUUCCCCUGUCCUUCUGGGUAACUCCGGGAGGCGAAAAGGGAGGCUGCCCGCUCGCUCGCCCCGCUGGCUCUCUUCCACCGGCCUCGGUCCUUUAGAUUCCCUGCCUUCGAGCCGAACCGAGAUUUGGAAGGAAAAAAUGCAAGCGAACUCCUCGGGUUUUUGUUUUUGUUUUUGGUCAUAAAUCCAGAUGAGAUGAAGUAUCGUGUCUACUAUUUCCUUUCAGAGCCUUGAUCUUCCUAACGAGAGACGAGUGUUUUGGUGUCCCCUGCCCCUGUGUUUUGGGGAGCUUGGGGGCGGGGGUAUUGAACACUUUGAAAAUUAUUCUUUCUUGGUUGUAGUCAAGGGAGUCGGGAACCUCCGCGCGCUCUCCCUGCUCAUCCCGAGGAGAGAGAGGUUGAUGGCGGGACAGGGCUUCUUCGGGUGGGUGGGAAAGGGGUGCGCAUUGCACCUGCGGUGCCUUUCGGCGUGCGGGGGGACUCAGGGCACCUCGACAGGACGGCCCGGGAGAACGAGAAAGGUGGCGGGAUUUCUGGCCGCCGCGGUGUUUGUAUUUUGAGCUCUGCGUGACUCUGUGUUGGCUCCCAAUGGCUGUUCCCUCCCUUUCCUAAAUUUUAUUUUAUUUUUCCCAUGGUGCAAGCUUUGUAAAAAAGGAACUGCGGGCCUGAGCGUAGUGGACGCCGGGCGUCAGAUUCCUGAGGUCCCUACCCUGGGCGAGGAGAAAGACGAACCGAGCCCCAGCCCGCGUUCCUUCUGUGCGAGACUCGGGAGGAGAGAAGGGCACUUUGUGGCUCUGGCUGGGGGGGACCCGGCGCGGGAGGAGCGGGCGCGGGCGCGGGCGCGAAAGGAAGAUCUUUGUGAGUGAUUUUGCAAAAAAUAGAUUGCGAGGUUGGUUGGAUUUGCAACCUGUGGCUCUCCUCGAGGGAGUAAGAAUGGGGGAAGGCGGCGGCGGCGGCGGCCCGGGGAGGGAGUGGGCAGAGUUGGAGCCUCAGAAAUCGGCUGAGCUCCGGGGGCGGGCGAGGAGAAGGGGGGGUGGGGGCAGCAGGAGCUAGGGGCCACCCCACUGCCGGAUGUAGUGACCGUGGUAAAUGUCUUGAACUGUGGGUUGCGUUGCCUUUAUGAUGCCGUGUUAUUGGAACCCUGGCGAAAAAUGGAAGUAGUGUUGCAAUAAUGAGUUUUAAAGCUCCCCCAUGGAAAACAAAAACACAGCUAAACCGAUUUAAAAAAAAAAAAUAGCAAAAAGACCCUCUGUGUUGUGUUCCCUCCCUGGAUGGUUGAGUUGGUGGCUGGGGUUUGGGGAUGGGGGUCCUGACAGGUGAGCAGAUAAAUGACCCCAAACCAGGUGCUUGCUGAAAGUCCCAAGCUGUUACAGGGCCCCCGACCACCUCAGCGUGCCAAUCUCCACUCCCCUCCCAUCUCCCCACCACCCACCACCCCACAACCCGCCAGGAUUUAAUCUUUUAUGGAUUUUUUUUUUCAAUCAGUUUAUAGUUUCCAGGAGGAAAGUCUUGUAACGCUUUACUUUUUCUCUUCUUCUUCUUCUUCUUCUUCUUUUUUUUUUUUUAAAGUAAAGUGAGUGUCAGUAGCUGUGUUUUUCACAGUCUGGAUUAAAAAAAAAAGUGGGGCAGGAGAGAGGGAACCAGGGAAAGGGCUGUUUAGAAAUACAGUUUGUGGCUCUGAGCAAUGCCACUGGCUUCCUCUACACAGACUGCCAGUUUCCCUUUUUCUUUGCAAGGUGUGUGUGGUUUUAAUAAAUAACUUAAAAAAAAAAAAGAGGGGGCGGUAGGAUCCAUCAGGAGACAGGUAUCUGUUUUGCUCACUAUUUACUACCAAGAGCCUUUGGCACUGGAACAGAACCUCGUAAAUCUGCAGCCCAAGUUGAAGUUCAUCUGGCCCUAGUCCACACGCUGUUCCUGGAGGUAGCAAACAUGAGCUCAAAGGAGAGAGAUGAAAUCACAUUAUUGCUUUAAAAUAUAUACUUUUUAAAAAGAGAAGAAAAGAUAUCUGUCUCUGGGGAAGGAGGAAGUGGUGAAUAAGUAUCAGGAGAUGGGCAUUCCUUUACUCUAAUGACUGCAGUUGAGUCUUCGGGCCAAAAUAGAAACCUGUAGAUGGGAAAUAUCCCCCCCAACUCCCCCCCCACCCCAAGUUUAUAAAUAGAAGUUUCCAGUAUCCUAUUUGGAAGACUUUCCAAUACUAGAAGCUGAAGCAUUGGCUAGUUUUAGGGGUCUGUUGAUAGUGACAAGAAGCCUAGAUGCUGUUCAUCAAAACUAGGCGACUUGAGGGAGAAAGUCAGGAAAAGUGGGAAUUCUCCAAUUAUCCCUUUCCUCUUCUUUUCAGUUUUGAAGGGUUUUAUUCCAAUGCUUUCUUGAGAAGACUAAUUUAUUCUGGGUUUGGUGGACAGGGAUGGGACUCUAGAUUCUUAAGUUGUCGUUUGCUGAGCCCUUGAAGAGUUCCAGUUAUUGGUUGAGUAAAUGGUAGCCAUGGAUAGAUGUCAAAACCCUUCCUUCCCUCUCCCCCGCAGGGUAGUCACACUCACAACCCAGUUUGUUGUGAAAAACUUCAGAGAUUGAGAGGAGGCGGUGCAGCAGCGCCACCCCUCGGUAGGUGAAACUAUUGGCAAAAGUCAAUUUUUGGGAAAUAUUGGGAAGUGACCUGAUGAAGCAUUAUUUCCCCCCCAGAGAUUUAAAAAAGAAAACAUAAGGGAGAUAAAACUAAUUGAAAAAAAAAAAAAAGGACUUUGCAGUUUAUCAAGUACGGAAGAAAAAUGUUGCUUUCCAACUAGGAUGGUGUCAUACUAGGCAACGUGGUUCUAAUAUAUGUAUAUAUUUUGUGGGGGGGGGAGGGUGCCUGGUUGACUUUAAGUAGAAGAGUUCUCCAGGCGGAGGUGGCCCGCCCUUCCCCUCGGAUUGACUUCUCGGGGCAUCUGAAUUCUGCCGCCCGUCUAAUGCUGAGAUCGUGAGGGAUGUUUUGGUGUAAAACGUCAGAGCGGCUGGAGGUGCUGUAGUUUUGCCGGCGGUGGUAGGGCGUGUGUGUAGGGGGUGUGUUGAGGAGGUUUGUGGAUGGCGUGGAGCAGCGGUAGGCUGGUCUGCAGCCCUCUGUGAGUCAACAUGGAAUGGCGCGUGCCGCUUUCCAGCACUGCGCAACAAGUGGGGCCGCGGCCGCCAGCACAGCGAGGGUGCCGCGCAGUGGCAGCCCAGGCCGGUGUGGGGGCCAGGAACGGCCCCUCCCAACCCUCCCGAUGUCCGCUCCGAGACCCUCAGCUCCACCGAAAGCGCACACCCGACUCCCCAGAACUCCCCCGCUUUGCUGGGCGCCGUGAGCCCGAGUGAGGACCCAGGCCUCGGCCCCCAGCGCCCCUUUCCUCCGAGGCGAUCAGGAGUUUUUUAUUCCCGACUUUCUUUGCUGGACGACCAGUGGUUGGCAAGAAUCUCUGCCCAAACCGUCGAGUGCCAUUCUGCCUUUUGAAGACAAGUGCGCCUACUUUCCCUUUCCAGUACGUAAAGCUUUUCCGGGGGAAAAAAAAUCAACUUAGAGUACAUGAAAGCGGCUCCGGAUACCCGCGUUGUGGCUGCUACAGGCGGGAGCGUCGGGAAGAAGGGACGGCAUCCACUACAUUAACUGUUUUCCAGCUUUGCUUUUAGAGGCAAUCCCACCCCCACCCUCGCCGCCACCAGACAGAAAAUAAAGCGGGGCGGGCAGGGAUCGGAGUGGAAGCUGCGGCCGCGCGGCGGUUCUCGGACGGGCCGGCCUGCCACCUAGCGGUGGGCUGGAUCGAGUUCGCGGCCAGGGGCGGCGGGCUCGCGGUGCCACCUCCCGGGCGGGCGGCCGGCCGUACCCUGACCACAUGCUAGGAGGCCACCCUCCAGGCCUACGACCUCCAAAGUUGUGUUUGACAAGAGGGAUGAAAAUCAGAAAGGCCUCGCUGCUCGCCCAGUCCACCGUCACUCAGCGAUGAGCAUCCAUUUCCACUAAGAGAAACCACAAAUAACCCGCUUCGAACCCACCAUCUUCCUGUCCCCGCGGCCCUUCUCAGGAGGAGUCGGUAGUGGGAGGAUGCCCUCCAGGAGCUCAGGGGCUCUGGGACGUACAACUCUUUUUUUUUUUUUUUUUUUUUUUUUUUUAAACAGUUGAGGAAACAGGCCCGACGAGGAGGCUUGUUAGUGAAGCUUGCAGGCUUGUAAGAGCGCUGUUGGCAGGAAACGUGAUAGAAAUGAAACUCAGGACAUCAUGUCCUCGGACACCUCGGUUACCUAAAGCGGCUGCCGAGGCCAUCGUGUUAUCAAAUUUGCUUUUAUCCACUGUCGCCUCCCGCACCCUCCCGUCCCCCAGACAAGAGGGCGAAGAGUGUUUUUCCCUAAGAAUAAAAACAACUCAGCGGUCCGACCUCACCCCCUGCCGCCGGACCCCGGUGGUGUCUACGGCCGUGCAGAGACUCUGCGGAGACCGGGAGCCCCACCGCAGGGCCCCUGAUGCGGGGUUCACUCCGGCAGCUCCAGUCUUAUUAAAAUUCCUUGUCCUUGUCCCUAAACAGUGCUUUACACUUUCAAAUUCCCCUUUGGAUUUUUCAGCGAGUUAUUGGAGUUAUUAGAUUACCAAUAAUCCAACAGCCGGCCUGGCUGGAAAGGCGGGGGGAAGGGCGGAAGGCAUUCUCCAAAUCAGGAGGCUCUGGCCAAACUAGGUCAAUGGGAAGGAGGGGAGGGGCGAGAAAGGGUUGGACCGUUUCAAACCUUGAUAGAGGGCUCUCUCUAGUGUUAGGCAGCGGUAAAAACACCCUUAGGUUUGAGCUCCCGGAAUCACGGGACUCCAAAUUGCCAAUAAAUGCACUUACUCAAGUUUAACUUCCUAGAUUCUCAUCCCUACCCCAUAUUAAAACCCAACCUUCUCUUUCACCUUUAUCCCCCCGGGCGAAGGGGUAAGAAGGCCUCAAUGUAGAAUUUUGAGGCCAAAGAGUCUCAGCCUUUGAGGACCGACUCUGACCUUUCCGCUGCCGCAGAAGGGCUGAGCGGCACAGAGUGGCGCCACUGGCUAGUUUUAGGACCUGACUGCAGCCUUGUUUGCUGAGUCUUUCGCCGUCCCCUGACCCCCAAAAGCGCACUCCGGAGCUUGCUACAGAGACCAAAUAGGGCAGGGCACCCCAGGGUUAUAAUUCCCGGGAGGGCCGCAGGAAGAUGAAGCAAGCGUGGAGAGCGCCCGUGCGCGCGCGGGGGUCGGGGCGGGGUCUCUGCCCAGUCCAAGCCGGGUCUCCACGGUUUCGGGAAAAUCGGAAUCGGAAAUCCUUACGGCCUGGCAGCUCCUAUUCUAUAGACUUUGGGCGGAAACCAAGUGGAGCUGGGUUCCCGUUCUUGCCAACGUCGGCGGAAGGGGCUUUCGGUUUAGUUUUUCUCCAACCUUGGCUGGGGCGCCUUUGAUGGAGACUCUCAGUCCUAGGGAUUCCAUCUUUUUGACCUUGAAGUCUAGCCCAAACAUCCCCCUAAAAGAAGGGGGACGAGGGAGAAUGGAAGGCAAAAAGAGGAAAAAAGGCAAAUAAACUUCGGAAUCCGGCAACUUAAAGUCACGAUAUCAGCCUCAGAUUGGAUUCCAACUCCUGGGUUCUAGUCCCAGCUCUGCUGCUAACUGACCUUCCCCGUUAACAAAUUGUUGUGUGUGAGAGGUUGGACUAGGUGAACUCUGAGAGCCCUGGACUCGGCGCAGACGAGGGAUUUAGGGGAAAGUGUGCUGUAUUCCCCGCGAGCCUUCCCCGGCGGCCCCGCCUCCCCUGGUGAAUCCCCGGCGGCCGGCGCAGCGCAGGCAGAGAUCCUGGCGGCUGCCGAGCCCGGCAGCUUCCUGGAAAGUUACUUCUCGUUGGAGCCGGCGAUAGGCAGAGCAUGUUCUGUGAAAUCCGCAGAGCCGAGAUUGACUACGUUCCGGGAAUGAGAGGGCUGUGCCAUUCCCCUCAUUGCCUGAUGCCUUGACGGCGUAACAGGAAAAAAAAAAAAAAAAAAAAAAAAAAAAAAGGCAUACACACAAUGUUAGCCACCGAGGUGUACGAAAAGUUUUAUUUGAAUGUAACUAAAUUAAGGGCCGCCACAGUCAUUCCACAAAGCCUCCGUCUCGCCUUGCGGGGGGCUUGGAGGUGGAUCGCCCAGGGGCGGGCAGUCUCUGGAAGACAGGUUUUAAGCAAAAUUUUGGACUUUGAAGCAAGGCAUUGGUGAAGACAAAAUGGCCUCGCCGGCUGACAGCUGUAUCCAGUUCACCCGCCAUGCCAGUGACGUUCUUCUCAACCUUAAUCGUCUCCGGAGUCGAGACAUCUUGACCGAUGUUGUCAUUGUUGUGAGCCGUGAGCAGUUUAGAGCCCAUAAAACAGUCCUCAUGGCCUGCAGUGGCCUGUUCUAUAGCAUCUUCACAGACCAGUUGAAAUGCAACCUUAGUGUGAUCAAUUUAGAUCCUGAGAUCAACCCCGAGGGGUUCUGCAUCCUCCUGGACUUUAUGUACACGUCUCGACUCAAUUUGCGGGAGGGCAACAUCAUGGCCGUGAUGGCCACAGCUAUGUACCUGCAGAUGGAGCAUGUUGUGGAUACUUGCCGGAAGUUCAUCAAGGCCAGUGAAGCAGAGAUGGUUCCUGCCAUCAAGCCUCCCCGUGAAGAGUUCCUCAACAGCCGGAUGCUAAUGCCCCAAGACAUUAUGGCCUAUCGGGGCCGUGAGGUGGUGGAGAACAGCCUGCCGCUGAGGAGUGCCCCUGGGUGUGAGAGCAGAGCCUUUGCCCCCAGCCUGUACAGUGGCCUGUCCACACAACAAGCCUCUUACUCCAUGUACAGCCACCUCCCUGUCAGCAGCUUCCUCUUCUCCGAUGAGGAGCUUCGAGAUGUCCGCAUGCCUGUAGCCAACCCCUUCCCCAAGGAGCGGGCCCUCCCGUGCGACAGUGCCAGGCCAGUCCCUGGUGAGUACAGCCGGCCGGCCUUGGAGGUGUCCCCUGGCGUGUGCCACGGCAAUAUCUAUUCGCCCAAGGAAACAGUCCCAGAAGAGGCACGAAGUGAUAUGCACUACGGUGUGGCCGAGGGGCCCAAGCCUGCUGCCCCCUCAGCCCGAAACGCCCCCUACUUCCCCUGUGACAAGGCCAGCAAAGAAGAAGAGAGACCCUCCUCAGAAGAUGAGAUUGCCUUGCAUUUCGAGCCCCCCAAUGCGCCCCUGAACCGGAAGGGUCUGGUGAGUCCACAGAGCCCCCAGAAAUCUGACUGCCAGCCCAACUCGCCUACAGAGUCCUGCAGCAGUAAGAAUGCCUGCAUCCUCCAGGCCUCUGGCUCCCCUCCAGCCAAGAGCCCCACUGACCCCAAAGCCUGCAACUGGAAGAAAUACAAGUUCAUCGUGCUCAACAACCUCAACCAGAAUGCCAAACCAGAGGGGCCAGAGCAGGCUGAGCUGGGCCGCCUUUCCCCACGAGCCUACACCGCCCCGCCUGCCUGCCAGCCACCCAUGGAGCCUGAGAACCUUGACCUCCAGUCCCCAACCAAGCUCAGUGCCAGUGGGGAGGACUCCACCAUCCCACAAGCCAGCCGGCUCAAUAACAUCGUUAACAGGUCCCUGACGGGCUCUCCUCGCAGCAGCAGUGAGAGCCACUCACCACUCUACAUGCACCCACCGAAGUGCGCGUCCUGUGGCUCUCAGUCCCCACAGCAUGCGGAGAUGUGCCUGCACACCGCCGGACCCACGUUCCCCGAGGAGAUGGGAGAGACCCAGUCUGAGUACUCGGAUUCCAGCUGUGAGAACGGGGCCUUCUUCUGCAAUGAGUGUGACUGCCGCUUCUCUGAGGAGGCCUCACUCAAGAGGCACACGCUGCAGACCCACAGUGACAAACCCUACAAGUGUGACCGCUGCCAGGCCUCCUUCCGCUACAAGGGCAACCUCGCCAGCCACAAGACCGUCCACACCGGUGAGAAACCCUAUCGUUGCAACAUCUGUGGGGCCCAGUUCAACCGGCCAGCCAACCUGAAAACCCACACUCGAAUUCACUCUGGAGAGAAGCCCUACAAAUGCGAAACCUGUGGAGCCAGAUUUGUACAGGUGGCCCACCUCCGUGCCCACGUGCUCAUCCACACUGGCGAGAAGCCCUAUCCCUGUGAAAUCUGUGGCACCCGUUUCCGGCACCUUCAGACUCUGAAGAGCCACCUGCGAAUCCACACGGGAGAGAAACCUUACCAUUGUGAGAAGUGUAACCUGCAUUUCCGUCACAAAAGCCAGCUGCGACUCCACUUGCGCCAGAAGCAUGGCGCCAUCACCAACACCAAGGUGCAAUACCGCGUGUCGGCCACAGACCUGCCUCCGGAGCUCCCCAAAGCCUGCUGAAGCAUGGAGUGUUGAUGCUUUUUCCUCUCCAGCCCCUUCUCAGAAUCUACCCAAAGGAUACUGUAACACUUUACAAUGUUCAUCCCAUGAUGUAGUGCCUCUUUCAUCCACUAGUGCAAAUCAUAGCUGGGGGGGGGGGGGGGUGGGGGUCGGGGCCUGGGGGAUUGGGAGUCAUAGCAACUCCCCCUCCCCCACUGCCAUGAAACAUUAAGAAAAUAAUAUUGCUUCUUCUCCUAUGUGUAAGGUGAACCAC